AUUUUUUACUGUUGAUUUUCGAUUAUACGUCAACGAUCUUUGACAAUCGAUUUCUGAUUAUCGAUUUUUGCAGUUGAUUUUCUAAUACCUACACGCGAUCUUUCGUCACGUGAUUAGGCCUCCCCUUACACACGUGGCACACACACAUUGACUUCAAACACGUUGUUCCUUGAGCCAUGGCCUCUCGAUCUUCUCUGUCUGCUAGCGACAUCCAGAAGGCCAAGGAAGCAAUGGAAGUCCUUGGGCGUCUUGUUGAUAGUGCUGGUCCGUCGGGAGCUAGAAAUGAUCCUUCUACUUCCAGUAUUGGAGAUGAAACCAAGAAAGUUGUAGGACUCGCAGAUGAUGCAAUGGAUGUGCUUAGAAGAAUGAAAGCUGGUGUGAAGGCUGAGCAAGUCAGGGCCACCAAAAGACAAUCCAAACAAGAAGUAACUAAGCUCUUCAAUUAUGCCACUCCUGCAAAGCGCAAGAAGAAAGUAAAGGCUUCCACUGAGUGGAAACAUAAGUUCUCUUGUUUGGCCUAUCGCGGGCAGAUACGUAUUCCUACUACGGAUGUGGAAAAAGAUGAUCUUUUGCAAGCAGGGCUAGGUGAAAAAGAGAUUUCUUUCCAUGACAUGAAUGCCAGUGCCGAGGAAUUUCGAGAUAUUAUCUGUGGAGAGUUCCCUCAAUUGAAGAAAGCGGGAGGUUUUCAACUAUGUAAAUGCAAACCAAAUUCAAGAGAGCUGGAAAUACUGUCUACAUUUGCUCACGAUUGCCCUGGAAACUUGAAACAGAGAGUAGGCAAUGCGAAGACGUACAUUCGUCCCCUUCAGAAAGAUAUGGACCUUAGUGUCGUCUUUAACCUUCCAGAUGGGCCUGAGGAUGAGUGUCUCACUUGUGGUACCUAUUUGCCACUCAUGGAGCUAGAAAAUCAUGUGAAAGAGUGUGAAAAAGCUUACAGUGAUUCCAAACAACAAAAGCAGCCCAAGAAUGAGGACAAGGCAAAAUGUGAGGUUAUUGAUGUUGAUGAGACAAGUCCAUCACCUGUCCUUGAAGUGCAUUUUGUGACCCAUGAGAAAAGUCCAUCACCUGUCCUCCCUGAAGUGCAUUUUGUGACCCAUGAGAAAAGUCCAUCACCUGACCUCCCUAAAAUGCAUUUUGGCAAUCACAAUGAUAUGGAAGAGGAAAUGGUGCAGGCUGCCAUGCAACAAAGCUUAACUGCUUCUGAUUAUACUGCUUCUUCACUAUUGGGAAAAUUUUUCUCGUGGAAAGUCCAGAAAAAUGAUCCUCUUUGUCUUGACAUUCGGCGGGAAUUUGUGGUUUGUGAUGCGAUACGUGAAGCCAAAAAAAGAAAUUCUCUGUCAAUAAGUGACGUUUGUUGGGGAAGGAGCAGUAGACAGUGGUGGCCCACGAAGAGAGUUUUUUCGCUUGUUGGCGUCAGAAGCUUCAAACACGCUCUUCAUUGGAAAUGUUACAGCAAAGUUUUUUGUAAUGAAUGCUCAAGCUCUUCAGAGUGAACACUACAAGUUUCUUGGGCAGUAUACUGUCAUGAGCAUAUCUCAGGGAGGUUGCGGCAUGCCAUUUAUGGCUACUCCCGUGUAUGAGUACAUCUCCACUGGGAAAUUGUCAGCGUCAGUCCAAGUGCCACUUCAC